GGAUAGGGUAGAUAAAUGGAUUAAGUGCAUCGCAUUGGUCUAUUUGGUUCAUUGACAUUUGAAAGCAAUAAUUCUGAACACAAGGCAUGUGAGCGCGCCUUUAGUGAAGUUUGAGGUUUCGGUGUUGUAUUGUCCAGUAUUGUCAGUAUUUGCAUUCCGGUAUUCCUUUGUCAGUAUUUGCAAGUAAUCUUGAGUAUUUGCACUGUGCGUAGUUUAUAGAAACAGCAGUGCUUGGCAUUCGACAUUUUUUGUUAGUGAUUAUUGCUUUCCAUUUCGAGCUUCAUUAGAAGCUAACACCGGUCAUGUUCAGCCAUCGGCUUUUAGUGGGUAAAAGUAGCCAAGGGGCUACAGAAAUAGCAUGCAGUUAUCUAUUGAGUGCUACAUGCUCAAAAAAUGCAAUUAGAAGCUAUGGAGCAAAUCAGACAUGCAUCUUAUCAGAAACCAAGCACCUAGGCCCUGGUUCGGAAUGCCCACCCCGUCGGCGGGGCGUCCUCCGACUCUACUCAAUGAAGAUGUGCCCAUUCGCACAGAGGACGCGACUGGUGCUCUCCGCUAAAAACAUUCCACACGAGGUGGUCAAUGUGAACCUGAAGACGAAGCCGGCCUGGUACCUGUCACUAUACGAGCCGGGCCUGGUGCCGGCGCUGGAGCAGGACGGCCUCUUCGUGCCCGAGAGCCUGGUGACCUCGGAGCUGCUCGAGGAGCUCCACCCGACGCCGGCGCUGCUGCCGGCAGAGCCCUGGCGCCGCGCCGCCGACCGCUUCUUCAUUCACUCGUUUGGCACGGUAAUCGGUACAUUGUACCAGAUGUACUUCCAUUUAGAUGAGCCGAAGAAAAUCGAAGAAUUGCAUGAAAAGUUUCAGCACAAUAUACAGCCGCUGGCGGCCGAGCUGGCGCGGCGCGGCACGCCGUUCUUCUUCGGCGACCGUCCGGGCAUGCUGGACCUGAUGGUCUGGCCGUGGGUGGAGAGGCUGGCAGCGUUCACCGAGGUUUGCCGCAGCCGGCCGCUGCUGCCGGCCGACGGCGACCGCGCCGUCCGGGCUCUGCGUGACUGGGCCUUACUGAUGGAGCGCGAUGAGCACGUGAGCCGGUGUGUCACUCCGCUGGAGGACCACGUCAACUACCUGGUCACCCACAAGGUGGGCAUCGUGGCCGCGCAGAAACGGAACGCGCUCAAGAGCUCUGUGGAGAGUGACGACUGACCGACUGGGGGCGCUCUGUGACGGCGUGGGGUGGGAUGGAUUGGUCUGUUAGCGCGUGACGCGUUCGGAACGACGGUGCUCAAUAAUACGUGCAAUGUUCUUGUGUCCUAGUAAGCCGCACAGCUGUAAGUGGGAAUCUUUAUAUCCGAGUAGGUAUAUUAUGAGUUGAGAAGGUAGGUAAUGUAGGGGGUUGGUACCUGAUGUUUGUAACCUGCUGGUAAGUGUGAUGGAAUGAUCUGGUCGAUUGUAUU